UUCGCGCAUACCCCGCCCCUCUCCGGAGAGCUACGCGGCGGCGGAGUGAGGCCUCGUGCCGGAACGACCAUCGCGGCGGCCGCGGCGGCGUCCCGGUGCCCCUCAGUGAAUUACUGGUUCCAGUUGGGAUGGAAUUCUUGGUGUAAUGAGAAGUGCACACUCCUGGACUCAUGAAUAUUCAUACCAAUUGGAUCAUCUUGGAAAACCAACCGGUGCUGAAGCUACUGAAAGAUGGCAGAAGAAGUGGUGGUAGUAGCCAAAUUUGACUAUGUGGCCCAACAAGAGCAAGAGCUGGACAUCAAGAAGAAUGAGAGAUUAUGGCUAUUGGAUGAUUCCAAGUCCUGGUGGCGAGUUCGAAAUUCCAUGAAUAAGACAGGCUUUGUGCCUUCCAACUAUGUUGAAAGGAAAAACAGUGCUCGUAAAGCAUCUAUAGUAAAAAAUCUAAAGGAUACCUUAGGCAUUGGAAAAGUUAAAAGAAAACCUAGUGUGCCUGAUUCUGCAUCUACUGCUGAGGAUAGCUUUGUUGAUCCAGGGGAACGUCUCUAUGACCUCAACAUGCCUGCUUAUGUGAAAUUCAACUACAUGGCAGAGAGAGAAGACGAGCUUUCACUGAUAAAAGGGACAAAAGUGAUCGUCAUGGAGAAAUGCAGUGAUGGGUGGUGGCGGGGUAGCUACAAUGGACAAGUUGGAUGGUUCCCUUCAAAUUAUGUAACUGAGGAAGGCGAUAGCCCUUUGGGUGACCACGUGGGUUCUCUGUCAGAGAAAUUAGCAGCUGUUGUUAAUAACCUAAGUACUGGACAAGUGUUACAUGUGGUACAGGCUCUUUACCCAUUCAGCUCAUCCAAUGAUGAAGAACUUAAUUUUGAGAAAGGAGAUGUAAUGGAUGUUAUUGAGAAGCCUGAAAAUGAUCCUGAGUGGUGGAAGUGCAGGAAGAUCAAUGGAAUGGUUGGUUUGGUGCCAAAAAACUAUGUCACCAUUAUGCAAAAUAAUCCGUUAACCUCAGGCUUGGAGCCAUCACCUCCACAGUGUGAUUACAUUAGACCUUCUCUCACUGGAAAGUUUGCUGGAAAUCCAUGGUAUUAUGGGAAAGUCACUAGGCACCAAGCAGAAAUGGCAUUAAAUGAAAGAGGGCAUGAAGGCGAUUUUCUCAUUCGUGACAGUGAAUCUUCGCCAAAUGAUUUCUCAGUAUCACUAAAAGCACAAGGGAAAAACAAGCAUUUUAAAGUUCAGCUAAAAGAGACUGUCUACUGCAUUGGGCAGCGUAAAUUCAGCACCAUGGAAGAACUUGUAGAACAUUACAAAAAGGCGCCAAUUUUUACAAGUGAACAAGGAGAGAAAUUAUAUCUUAUCAAGCAUUUAUCAUGAUGCUGUUGACCAGAAGUGACUGUUGCACAGCUGUAAUGCAUCCUGUAAUUGAAGACUGAGAAAAUGUUGUUCCAAUCAUACUUGAUUGGAAAUUGCUCUUUCUAACUCUGUAUGAGAAUUGACUAUAAUACAUAACUAUUUUUAUUAUAGCUCAGCCCAUACGUAUAUACUACAUAUGCAAAUUAUCUGCAUAUAGCAAUUCUUUAUUCUUGGUCUUCUGUUUUGUUUCUUUGCUUUUAUUACUAAGGUUGUAUAUUUUGAAAAAUAUAAUGCAUAUCAAAAGUCUUUAUAUGGAAGAAUAUUUCCUUAUUGACUUCCCUUUAUUUCCUUUUUAGUCACAUCCAUAAUGAUUUCUCACCAUCCAAAGUUAUUUUAUCACUAUAUGGUAUAUGCUAAAAUAAAUUUCUGGAGAGUGUUAAUCUUUUCUGUGACUAAAUAGCAAUAAUAAAUGGAAACUUAGAAAUUAUUUUCAGGUAUUGUAUUUGUCACAAGCCAUUGUAAAUAUCAAGUACUCUGUGUCUGCCAUCAUUUUAAAUAUCUUCAUUGUAAAGCAAAAAGGGAGGACAUAAAUCAGAAAAUAUGUCUUGUACAAUUUUUAUUUAUUACAAAUGUUGGGAACAAAACUACCUGACUUCCAAAAGUA